AUGACAACCGCAGGCCCUGUCCUUGGAGAGGAGAGAAACUCGGACAAGUUCUUUGAUUCGCUCGACCACGUCAUUGAUUUCCACGGGCAUAUUAUCGGCAUGGGCCUCUCCCCUGACCACAGGUAAGGAGGCGGGCGGGGGGGGCUGCCAACCAUAUGGAAGGAGGAGGAAGGGGAAAGCUCGUCUGAAGGGUAGGAGGCAGCAGGGUUCUUUUGCAGGCAGGAAUUCCCCAUGUGUCUUCCCCGGAAGCUCCAGGUAAAGGAGGGUUGGGUGGCAGGGAUGAGAAAGCCCCUUUGCCUGAGGCUGUGGGUGGAUACGGACCCUUAGCUCUUGCAGAAGACCCCCCAUCCCCAUUUGUCUCCAGAAGGCCCAGGCAAGUUCGGUCCCCAGUGGUAUCUGGGAAAGACCCUGCCUUGUUUCACACCCUGAAAAUUGAAUUGAAUUGAAUUUUAUUAUUAUGGUCGCAGACCAGUUCCGGCUCACUUACAAUAUCAGGAAAAUCAUAAAACACAACAGGAAUACAUUGAAUUGCAAUUGGGGAUAACAGAGACAAUUCAGAUAUAGCAGCAAUUAAAAAUAUAUAUUAAAUCUUGAUCACUAAACUAUAACCUAAAAUGGUCAUUUAAAACCUUAAUCAUUUUGGUAGUACAGCUUGUUCCCUAAGUUUUAUGGCAGACACACAGAAUUUGGAUCUCUAGAUCUUUGUCCUCUACCCGGAGUUUUAGACAGACACCCUGGAGAAUGUGGUCUUGGGAAGUUUAAAAGGGGAAAUCCACUCAUCCUUCAAACGGUUGGGAGAUUUGGGACAGAUCAAAGGAAGUCCUGCUUCGCACAGCGCCUAGUGAACCUGUGGAACUCCCUCCCACUGGAAGCAGGAUUGCCCACCGGCCUGGUCGGCUUCAAGAGAGGAUUAGGCAAAUUCGUGGAAGAGGAGAGGGCUGUCAGUGGCUGCUAACCAAGAUGGCUCUGCUCCGUCGGAGGCGGCCGUGCUUCUGAGGACCAGUUCCUGGAAAUCCCAGGAGGGGAAAGGGCUGCUCUUGUGCUCGGAUCCUGCUCGUGGGUUUCCCUUUGAGGCAUCCAGUUGGCCACUGUGAGAACUGGAUGCUGGGCAAGAUUGGGCCCCCUUUGGCCUGAUCCUGCAGGCUCUCCCUGCAUUCUUAGUCAUGGAAGGCGAUCUACUGGGGAGCAGCUUGCCAGAAAAGACAGCCCAGUCUCCAAGGGGAGGCACCCUCCCUGUGUCAGGUGCAGUAGCCUCUUCAGAGUGACAAGAACUUUAAAGAGCCCCCCCCCCCCCGUCACCACCUGUGCUGGUCACAGUCCUGAGCUUUAGCUAUUCUUGGCUGAAUGGAUGAAGCUGCCUUAUCUCAGGGGUCCAUCUAGCCUUGUACCACCUGCCCCAAUUGGCAGCAGCACCUCUUCAGGAUUGGGGGCAGAGAAAGGUCUUCUUCCCCCCUUAACUGCUCCCUUUCCUGGGUCAUGAGGAGGCAAGUGGGGGGGGGAGCCCAGUGAACCCCCUCUUCCAGCGUGGUGUAGUGCUUAAGAGCCGUAGUCUCGUAAUCUGGGGAACCGGGUUCGUGUCUCCGCUCCUCCACAUGCAGCUGCUGGGUGACCUUGGGCCAGUCACGCUUCUCUGAAGUCUCUCAGCCCCACUCACCUCACAGAGGGUUUGUUGUGGGGGAGGAAGGGAAAGGAGAAUGUUAGCCGCUUUGAGACUCCUCAGAGUGAUAAAGCGGGAUAUCAAAUCCAAACUCUUCUUCUUCUUUUUCCUCCCUGCCUUGCCUGCAGGUACUUGUACGUGAACAGCCGGGCCUGGCCCCAGGACUCUGUCAUUUCUGACCCUUUGCACCCGCCCCCCAUCGCCGAGGAGAUUGACCUCCACGUGGUGGACCUCAAGACCAUGACGGAGGCCCAGGGACCCUUGCGAGGCCACCGGGCGCACACUCCCAGCAACGACUUCUUCUUCAUAUUCUUGGAUGUCAGCAGAGACUUCGUGGCCAGGUGAGCUGCAGGAGGAGCUGGUCAGAGUCCUUUGGUCUGUGGGGUGGAGUGGGGGUCCGAACAGCACUUCCCUGCUCUUUCAGCCUUUCCCUCUGCUGCCCUCCCCUCAGCCGGAAUGCCCUUCCUCACCGCAGUGGCCUGCAGGCCGUUGCGAGAACCAGCAGUGGGGAAGUCCAGUCUGGCAUCUGAGCCCCCGGCCUGACGGACCCGCUUUACUGAAAGUGACUGGCCUUUGGGCUGACCCUCAAUGCAUCUCUCUCAAUGCAGGCUGCAGCUACAGAGCUCAUUGCAACAGCUUUUGUGGAUGCCUUAAAAAAAAGAAAGAAUUGUUGGAUUUAGUCCUCAUAGUCACAAGAUUUUGAGGCUGAGAACAUCAAUAACCGAAAGGGCUGUCUCUUCUCUUCUCUUGAGCAAAGGAGGGGAGGAGCUUCCUGGGACAGAUACUUGUAUAAAUUAAAUCAGGAGAUUGAUUGAUUGAUUGAUUGAUUGCCUUCCCUUCACCGCAAGAUCCCAGAGCAGUGUACAUCAUUAUACUGGAGUAGGAAAAUAAUGCCAAGAUAUUUCACAUCUGGCAACCAGUGCCCCACUUUUGUUGGGGUGUACAGUAUAUGAGUAGACAAGUCUGAAAAGCCCAGGACACAAUUUUUCACAGCCCUCUAGCGGCUCUGGUGCCUCAUUUACCAGAAGUUAGGUACAGUCGUACCUUGGUUGACGAACACCUUGCGAGUCAAAUGUUUUGGCUCCUGAAUGCCGCAAACCUGGAAGUGAGUGUUUCGGUUUGCGAACUAUUUUUGGAAGUUGAAUGUCUGACGGGGCUUCCAUGGCUUCCGAUUGGCUGCAGGAGUUUCCUGAAGCCAAUCAGUAGCUGCGCUUUGGUUUCCAAACGUUUUGGAAGUUGAACAGACUUCCAGAACAGUUUCCGUUUGACUUCCAAGGUACGACUGUAUUUAGCAUUAACUAUGGAAGUGUAUACUUCAUUCUGAACAAGCAAAGCUUCCUGAUUUAUAUUUUGCUCUUGGAGUCUUCGUUUGGUCAGAAUUGAGUAUACAGUUGCAGAACUAAUGCUAAAUACUUUACUUCUGGUCAGUGAGCCUACGGAGCUGCUAGAAGGCUGUGAAAUAUUAUGUCCCAGGCUUUUUAGACUCAUCUAAAAAUGUACUAUCUGAAACCCAAGGAGUGCAUUGGUUACCAGAUGUGAAAAUAUGGGCAUUAUUUUCAGCUCUCCUACCCCACUAUUAAAAACAGUUUAAAAACACCUUGCAACUGUAAAAACAAGGUGGAUCCUCACUGCAAGCAAGAUUUACCUGCCCCUGUAGUAAAAGGCCAUUUGCCAGACCUGGUACCAGCCACUUAGUAAUAAUACUGAGGACUAGAAUCUUGAUGUCUUCUGCAGCCGCUCAGUGGCGACAGCCUCUGCGGCAGAAGGCAAGUCCCCCCUUUGUUACGACCGUUCUCUCUCAUAUUCCUCGCAGUGGGGCGGAGGAUCACCACGGCUACGUCUGGGACCGGCACUACGGGAUCUGCUUGGCCAAGCUGCAGCACAGCGACGUGGUCAACUCGGUGGCCUUCAGCCCCGUGGAACAGGAACUCUUGCUGACGGCCAGCGACGACGGGGCCAUCAAAGUGUGGCGCUCCCCCCGCACUGUAAGGCUCCUUCAGGCUGAGAAGCCGCGGCCACAGAAGCUCUCCUUCUCUUGGGUCACGAACCGGAGGAGGUGA